AUGGUCGCUAAACUUGGCAUCAACGGUUUUGGACGUAUCGGAAGGUUGGUGUUCCGUGCUUCGUUGGAGCAUGAAGGCCUUGUCCCUGUUGCGAUCAACGAACCCUUCAUGGAUCUUGAAUAUAUGAUGUACCAGCUCAAGUAUGAUACUGUCCAUGGAAGAUUCCCAGGCACCGUCGAGGCUAAGGGCGACAAGCUCGUGGUUAACGGCAAGGAGAUUACUGUGUUCCGUGAGAAGGAGCCCUCCAACAUUGCCUGGGCAUCUGCUGGCGUUGACAUAGUUUGCGAGUCUACUGGAAUUUUCACUACUCAGGAACUUGCAUCCAAGCAUAUCGCCGGAGGUGCGAAGAAGGUCAUUAUUUCGGCUCCUCCGAAGGAUGCUGUCCCUAUGUUUGUCAUGGGUGUGAAUCACACCGAGUACAAGACUGAGAUCAACGUACUUUCUAACGCAUCCUGCACCACCAAUUGCUUGGCCCCGUUGGCUAAGGUGGUACACGAGGCUUUUGGUAUUAAAGAGGGCCUGAUGACCACCGUCCAUUCCAUGACUGCAAACCAGCUUACUGUCGACGGCCCUUCCCGUGGUGGUAAGGACUGGCGAGCCGGCAGAGCUGCUGGUGUCAACAUCAUCCCCUCGUCCACUGGAGCUGCUAAAGCUGUGGGUAAGGUCAUUCCUUCUCUGAACGGAAAAUUGACCGGUAUGUCGAUUCGUGUGCCUACAACGGAUGUGUCCGUUGUUGACCUGACUUGCUCUUUGGAGAAGGAGGCUACUUAUGAUCAGAUCAUGGAAGCGAUUAAGAAGGCUGCUGACGGACCCUUGAAGGGCAUCUUAGCUUACACUGAUCAUGAUGCUGUAUCUACCGAUUUCAUUCAUGACAAGGCAUCGUCCACUGUCGACAUCAAAGCUGGCAUUUCCCUCAAUCCCACUUUCGUGAAGCUUAUCUCUUGGUAUGACAAUGAGUGGGGUUAUUCCAACAGACUCUGCGAUCUCGCUGCCCACGUUGGAAGACUUGCGGUUUCUAGAAAUUUAAUUUUUCCCGAUUUUUGA